UCAUGCACUUCCUUCUUAUCAGUGAGGGAUGUAGCAGGCUGGUUGUAGAACAUGCACCGCCCAGCCCCAGGCAAACUGCCGGCCGUGCUGCCACUGUGUUCGACUCUCAGGUUCUCGGUGACGGCCGAGCUUAAGGCGACCGGCGUACAACCCUCAAGUCUUGACGCAACCUGGAGACCCGCGGAGUGGCGGCUGUUGCUGCCUUGCUGCUCAGCGACACCGCCCUCAGUGUCUGCACGGGACCAAGUGAGGGUGGACGUGUGAUCCACUGCUGCUGUGAACUCGCGCUCUCGCCUCGGUCAUCCACCCCAGCACACAGUCCUCUGCUGGUGGGUGACUCACGAGUGUCUAGGCCAGAGCGGUGAAAUGCUGGCCACUGCAGUGCCCUAACACAGCAACUCACAAAAAUAAUUGACUACAAAUACCUUGUAGGAGGACUUGAAACAAAACAAGGAUCCCUACACCUUACCACCUUGCUUUGCUCCCCUAUCGGACAUGACUGAGGACCUCGACAUGAUGUCCCCAGAGCAACAGUUGGCGCUCCUAAACGCCUCGGGGCACCAGCCCAAGCCCUGGGAGCCUGUGUCGCCGGACCAGCACACGUACGUGGGCAUCUACCUCAUCAUUGUGGGUGUGCUGGGAACCUUCGACAACGCCCUGGUGGUGGCCAUGUUCAUCAGGUUCCGCACGCUGCUGACGCCCUCCAACCUGCUGCUGCUGAACCUCUGCAUCAGCGACCUCGGCAUCUGCUUGCUGGGAGGCUUCCCCUUCAGCGGCGUCUCCUCUUUGGCGGGCAGGUGGCUGUAUGGGGACUUCGGGUGCCAGUACUACGCCUUCAUGGGCUUCCUGAUGGGUGUCGCCAACCUCACCACGCUGCUCAUGAUCGCCCUGGACCGCUACCUCGUCACCUGCAGACAAGACCUGCGCGGUAAGCUGACGUUCCGCCGCUACUACCAGAUGAUCGCCUUCAUCUGGCUGUGGUCCCUCUUCUGGGCCGUGUGUCCCCUGCUCGGCUGGGCCAGCUACGGGUACGAGCCUUCGGUCACCACAUGCACCAUCAACUGGCAGCAGAACGACUCCAGCUACAAGUGGUACAUCAUGACCAUGUGCGUGGUGGUGUACCUGGUGCCCCUCAUCCUCAUGUGCUCCUGCUACUACCAAGCCGCGCGCUUCCUCCACCGCGCCAGGGACUCCGGGGACUCUAUCUACGCCUACGACUGGGCCAGCGAGAAGAACGUGACCAAGAUGGGCGUGGUGCUGGUGCUGACCUACCUCGCCUGCUGGUCGGCCUACGCGGUGGUGUGCAUCUGGACCGUCUUCCGCCACCCCUUCACCGUGCCCCUCGCCCUCACCCUCAUGCCGCCCCUCCUCGCUAAGGCCUCGCCCGUGCUCAACCCCAUCAUAUACUUUUACUCGCACCCUCGCCUGAGGAAGGGGAUGGUCGCCACUCUCACCUGCUGCUUCCGCGAGCCGCCGCCCGAGCUCCUGGAACUGCCCGAAACGAAGAGCAUGACGGAGCAGAAGUGACACGUUCACGGACGAUGGCCGCUGCCGCCCCCACGCUGGGAGAUGAGCGAGAUGACGAUGGUGGCGGGAAGAAUAAGUGGAGAGAGAAGGGAGAGAGAGGAGGCGGGGACGUGCUGGCUGGAGAACAGAUAUAAUGAUAGACACCCGGGCUGGUAGGAACAUAGAGAAGGGGAAGAGGGCGAGAGCAAGACACUGUGGUUUGGGAAAUAAAUUUGAUACACUGAAAAAAACAUAUAUAGAAAGGU